AAUUUCUAGAAUUGGCAGGAAGUUAAUUACGUUAUUGGUCAUUACAAGACCAAUUUUUUGUUACGAAACGUGCUCGAAGCGAGGGUCUCCCGCCUCAGGAUAAGAGACCGUUUAUACAAUGGCUCGACCAAUGGUAGGUGAGAAUGAUAAUUUUAAUUGCAUAAUAUUAGGACCAUGGAAGUUACGAAUAUUGUUGUAUAAUGUCUAUUCGUGUUGCACGAGCUUGUGAAGCAGCAUUUUCUCGAUAUUCUCACUGACUUGAAAGCGAAAUGUUGUCGAUACUGGUUCUCACUAUAUUACUUAAUAUCAUCAGUCGUUCCAUUACACAAAGAAGACGUUACGUCACGUUACAGGCACUCAUUGAAUAUACCAGCACAAUCAUGGACGAAUCGUUGACGGUUUUUUACAAUCCUAUUUUCUCUCUCGAAAUCUCAGAAUCAAGUAAUAAUAGUGCAGUGUAUUUAAAAAUUGCCAAACAAAUUCUGAAGGCUGACGAAUUAUGCUUUGAUAUUAUGGUGGAUAGAUUUGAUGGCGUAAAAUUUCUUAUUCCGAACGAUCCUAUACUAUUGUGUGAACUUUUAGAGGAAGAAGUUACAAAUCAAAAUAGCAUUUUGUCUAAAUUAAGAUUUUCACGCGUUUUCAAUGUGGAAGGACUGCAUUGUCCUAUACCUGCUGGAAAAAAGAAGCUCAUGCCAUAUAUGCCCCCGUCGCAUAUUAUAUUGGAUAACGAUAUUGGCUGUGGAGAAUUUAAUUUCAAAAUAACUAUAAAAUCAUGCAACAAAGAAAAAUUGCAAAACUAUGCACCAAUGAUCUCCGCGGAAACAAUCAUAAAUCUGCAAGCGGAACAUUGCUCCAAUAUCUUAAUAUAAAUAUUAUUAAAAAAUUAGUUUCUUUUAUAGUAUUAAUAAAUAAGACAAACAUAAUUGAUGGAUUAUAAUGUAAUAUAUUGUUCAAUAUCUUUAAAGUAACGACUUUUUCUCGCAUAUUGGAAUAUUGUUUAUUAUCGUCUAAUACUGUAAUUUAACAUAGAAUCAGAUCACGAAAAUGGCUGAUCGUACAGACUCGUGUAGACUUUGCGAGGAUUUAUAACUAGAUUACAUAAGCUCAUGAUAGACAAUAUCAUGCCGUUUAUCGAAUUUUUCGUUCCUUUCGAGAUCUCGAAGAUAGAUAACGAGGUGCCAAGUUUCAUAAGCACAUCCUUGCUUAUCGAGUGCCUGCAUCAUUGACACAAUACGUGUUAGUGUAUAUAUAAGAGUACAUAUACAAGGAAAUGCGAAUAACUCGCGAGAAACCGUCUAAACGUCUUAUCAACCUUCAUCGGAUAAUAUCGGUGCCUGAACCUGAACGUAAUGUUUAUGAGUAAUGGUUUGAGAUCGUGGCAGUAAGGUCGGCUCCGAUGAACCGUACACGGAAUUUGAGAUUUAGAUACAGGUAUCGAACUUGUACGCUGGACAACCUGUAUUGUCUCGUUACGUAUUAUAAUCCUAGCCCAUCUAAAUUUGUCUGCCGUUGUUCGGCCUGAUAUCAACUAUUCAAUUGUCACAUUACGAAAAUUCUAUUUUUACAUCGAAGAAUAUCCCUAACUCCUCUAAAUUAUGUAUAUUUUUUUAUUUAGCAAAUGCAUAUUCAUUCAUAAAUUCUCUCUCAUUAAAUGUAUAAUAAAUAUUUUCGCAUUACAUGAAGUAUUCUAUACUUGUGUUAUUGAAUGCAAUACUAUGUAUAUUAUUUUCAUAACAUAAUUAUUAUAUAUCAUAUUUUAUAAAGAUGUUGAUCGCAGCUAUAGAAAAUAUUAUAUCAUGAUAUCGUGAUGCAUAAAGAAAAAAAUGCAGAGAUGAUUUGUAAUGGAUGAGUGCGUAGAUAAACAUGGUAUUCUCUAAUGAAAACAUUAUAUUAUAAGCUCAUAUGUCAUAUAAUUAUCAAGAUUAAAUACAUAACGGUUCACGCAUCUGAUAAUUAAUAAUUGUAAGCACUAAUUAAUCGUACAUGUAUUAUACGCACAACUGCAAAAUUGAUUAUGUAAACAUUAGCAUUGAUAAGAAUACGAUUACUUCUUUUUACAGCACAAAUGUGUAUGACGGUACAGGUUAUCAUGACAAAUGCAUGAUAUACUGCGCAAUAAAUAAAAUCAAAGAAAAAAAAGAAACGGAAAGGGAAAAUCGUA